CUUUCCUUUCUACCCAACAUGUCAUUAUAUUUAGUUGUGGCAUCUGCUCCUCUCCUUCCUGACACAUGAUGCAAGUGUUUAUUUUCAUCCCUCAACUGACGGGGAGCUACUGCAGCCACGCGUGAAGCUGACCGUCAACAUGUCGGAGCGUUGCCACCUAAGCCCAAACGAGCGUCUCAGCGUGCUUCUCUUCUUUGCUUUGUUCGCCGUGAAACUCGCACUUCUGUCCACUCUGGUUUUCUGCGCGACCGACUACUGGCUGCUGGGUUCGGCUGAGCUCUGCCGUCCAGGAAGUGACUCAAGAGAGACACAGGCGACAGACAGCAUGCUCUUCCACGAGGGGCUCUUCUGGAGAUGUUCCUUCCCAGCAUCAUCUCCUCAAUAUUCUCUUUGGAAUCUUUGGAUCUCGCCAAAUAUGAAAGUAUGCCAGCCAGCGUUCCUCUUCCCGUUUCCAGCCAAGGUCCCGUUUUGGGUGCCGUCAGCAGAUUCCCCCGAAGAACCAUACGAGCAUCACAAGGCCAUUAUUUUCAGAACUUUUUGGAGCAUCUUCCUCAUCGCGGGUGUGGCCACGGUGGUCACUGGUGGGCUUUCUAUUAUUUGUACGGCCCCUCUCUCCAACUACAACCUCUACAAAUUGGGUGGAGCUCUUUUGCUUUGUGGGGGUGUGUGCCAGCUCAUCGUGGUGCUCAUGUAUGUGAUGUGGGUCCAAGUGUUGGACACACUGGAGGAGUUCGCCCGAGGUCAGCAUGCAAGCGGUUGCACAUCUUUCCACCUGAGCAUCCAGAACGGCCCGUCGUUCCUGCUGGCUCCUGUGGCCGCCUUUUUUAGCCUGCUGUCUGGCCUGCUCUUCCUCGCCAUUGCACACAGCGCUCGCCCGCAUCACACGUACAAAACAACACACACUCCAGAGCUCCAAACUGAACUGUGACUUUAUUUGACAUGCUUAUUAAAGAAGCCUGGCAUCAUAUAAAGCAAAGACAAAGUACUAGCAAAGGUUCCUCAAGAGUGGUCCAGCUUAAGCCUUCCAUAUUCUUAAAAAAAAAAAACCUGGGAAAAGUAAUGACAAAUGCUAACCACCAUCAACGCUCAGAAAAUUAAAACUAGAUGAAAUAAAAAAACAUUUGUAAU